AAAUCAUUUCGCCGAAUUCACCGUGUUUACCACUACGUAUCUCGUUUAUUGAGUCAUCGACGUUUGGUGGCUAGAAAAUUUCACAAUAAUUUUUAGGCACUUCAGUCAAGCACCAUUUACAAUGGAAAGUAAAUUUAACCACCAUUCACGUUUGCUGCCAUCUUUAUUUUUAAGAUAAUGGUAUUUUAACUAAUAUUAUUUAUCUUUACAGGGAACGACGUCAUCGAAAGAAUUGUUCACAAAAUCAUUUCACUUGCCGAAGCAAAACCAACCCGACGCACCUUCGCCUCCCGUGGUGGUAAAAUGGUUCCAAACACCCCCUCACUGGACUUCAGACGCGAAAUCUGAAUUACUAUCACCAAAAAACAACUCCGAGGAACCCCCACACGUGCCUUUAGCAGAACUUCUGGACAAAAGUUCUGCAUUUCCUGUGAAAUUCCCCGUCGAGAGUGUCCGAUGUCACCAACUCAUCACACAUAAAAUCCCUGAAGACAUUUUGGAAAGAAAUAUAAAUUCGGUGUAUCCCGUAAUACACGAACAUGCCCUCCACCUGUGUGCUAUGUUCCUCAUUUACCAGAAGAAAUUUGGAAACCGCGACUUCUACCAAAAUAUGUCUUUGCUGGACCUUAUUGACAGGUUUUUAAGUAAAAGAGCGGUUUCGUUCCUUGGUGUUAUGGACCACUACAUGCUGUUGGAUGGGACUAAUGGUACUGGUGGCUGGGAAGCUGUUGGUACUAAAGACGAAAAAGCACCAUUAACAAUGGAAACGUGUCUGACCUACGACGAGAUGCGACUGUCAGCUUUUUUAUCAAUAUCGUCUCACACAGUGUUUAUCAAUGACGGUAAGAGGCACAACAAAGGCAUAUUUGAAGACGAUAGAGAAAAACUAGAGGACGAUGGGGUCAUCAUCGGGCUAAUUGGUACAAGAUUGCCCAAGAAACGUGUGAUGGAGCAUAGAGACAUAAUGAAGACGAAAGAACAAAACACACGUGAACACGGAUAUGGAAACUUGACACCUCCAACUUGGCAAGGAACGAUGUUGGAGUUCUACGGUGAUGCGAAUUUGACGUAUGAAGAUUAUUUGCCAAAUGAUGACUUUAAGCAGGUUAAGCAGCGGGAAAAGAAUUCACUCUCAAAUAAACUAGUAGUAUCACACAGAUCUGGUCGAGAUCCUAACAUUGCAUACAUAAUAUAUCCAAUAAGCUUUCUGCAUUUGUGUUCCAUUUCCUUGUCUGGUGAUGGGUUUUUCGGAAACAUAAUUCCUGGUAUUAAAGGUGUAGAGACUGGGUUACAAUUUUCCAUACCAUACAGCUUCAGUAUUCUCUUUAAAGUAAUUGUUAUUAACGCUAUCGAGUCGUUGAUCGUUUCAAGGUCGUUACUUAAUUUACGUUCUCUUACUAGUUUCGCUCUUUGCUUUUGCUGCUUAUCUUUCUUUGCCAACUGGGCACAUAACCUGAUGACUUUAAGCAGGUUAAGCAGCGGGAAAAGAAUUCACUCUCAAAUAAACUACGUUUUUAUUGCCAACCUAACACCAAAAAUGAAGAAAAAUAAAGAUCGUUACUGCGAGUUAUUUGAGGAUGCUUACUUUGAUAAACUAGUCUACUGUAGAAGAAUCGCUUUAUCUAUAGACACUCUUCUGAUUGAAGCUAAUGACAGAGCUAAGAAAGUGAACAAGAUGGCGUACGUGCAUGUCGUGGGUUUGGGUCUAGGAGUUUGGAGGGUUUACUGUUACCAAGAUAAAAUUUUCAUGGAGACAUUCGCACAACGACUGGAACUUCUUUCAGACGUACUGACGAACAUCAGCGAUGUUUGCUUUGCCUAUAUCGCACACAAAGAGGCCGGUGAGUAUAAACAUGGCGACAAAUUGGGCAACAUAAAGUUACAUAUGGAGGAUAAAAUUGGCCCUCAUAUGAAGUUAGUUGGAGAAGAUGAAGGAAAGUUGUUGGUUGUGUCUUAUGCUUGGGACUGCAAUGCCUUACCAGGCAACGAAUUUUGGUUUGGGAGUUUGCACACGAGUAGCGAUCCGGCUGCUGCAUGUUCCACCCAAGUUGCAGAACUCCACAACUGGCACAUUAACCAGAAGGCGAGUGCGAGGAAUUUAAAGGUUGCCACUUUGGAAGGGUUGGUAACGUUCCAAGAGUAUCAGGAGAUGCACAAAAAUGGUUGAGAUUACGAUAAUUAAGUGUCAGAGUUUAUUUUUGUAUUAUAUUACCAAGUGCUCUCAUGUUGAUGGGAGUCAGCUCCUUGUUAUUAAUUAUGAAAUUAGUUGGUAUAUUUUUUUACGAAAUAUUUA